AUGGCAGCCGGGGCAGGGAUGCUCGAGCUGCCCUUCACCUGCGACGAGCAGCUCACCCGGCGCAUGCGGCUGCGCUUCCAGAGCCUGCAGCAAAGGAACAUGAGGCCCCAGGACGGGGAGAAGCUGCUGCGCCCCAACGAGCACAUCUACCGAGUGGAUUUCAUCCAGCAGCAUCAACUGCGCUUCCUCCGCUGGAAUGUGCGGCUGGAGAGACCUGGGAAGGUCACGCUGACGGGCACCUCCCAGCACUGGACUCCUGACCUCACCCACCUGAUGAACCGGCAGCUGCUGGAGCCGGUGGGCAUCUUCUGGAAGAAGCCAGGGGCUGAGGAGGUGGAGUGCAAUGAGGCAGAUGCCCAGGAAUUUGGGGAGCGGAUAGCAGAAUUAGCCCAGAUCCGCAAGGUGAUGUAUUUUCUCCUCACUUUCACUGGCGGCCUCGAACCAGCUCAGCUGAAAGGCUCCAUUGUUUUUAAAGCCUGAU